AUGCUGCCUAAACGAAUCACUCUUAGUCCAUCAACACCUCAAGCACGCAAAAAGAGAACUGCCCGUGUUUCAAAAACAUCGGAGCAACGGGAAAAAAGACUUGAAACUUAUCGAGAACACAAUGCUUUAGCCCGUUCCUUAGAAACGUAUGAGCAACAGGAAAGAAGACUGCUAACGAAUCAACUACGUACUACUCAAACCCGUUCGUUGGAAACAUCAGAGCAACGGGAAAGAAGACUGUUAACAAAUCAACUACGCACUACUCAAGCCCGUUCGUCGGAAAUAUCAGAGCAACGGGAAGCAAGAAUGAUAUCCGAUCGAGAGCGAAUUGCUCAAGCCUGUUGGUCGGAAACAUUUGAACAACG